AUGACGUUGCUGGCGCUCGUCUUCCUGCUCGCCUUGCUCCCAGCCGGGUCUGCAAGAGGCAGACACCUCCCCAAGGCAGCCAGUGACCCCGUGUUCGGCCCCCGGCAGGUCCACGGCGUGCUGGGCGGCUCGGCCACCGUGAAAUGCUUCUACCCGCCCACGCCGGUGAACAGGCGCGACAGGAAAUACUGGUGCAAGCAGCAGGGCUCCAAGUGCCUCACCCUGGUGUCCACGGGGUACGUGGCUCCCGACUACCAGGGCAGGAUCUCCCUCACCGACCACCCCGAGGAAGAAAACUUCCAGAUCAACAUCUCGGCGCUGGGGCCGGGGGACGCCGGCACCUUCCAGUGCGGCGUGGGGGUCAAUGGCAGAGGGCUCUCCCACACAGUCACUCUCACUCUCGUUGAAGGCCCAGGCGUUCCUGAGGCAGCUGAGCUCUUCUACGUGAAGCUCCGCAGCACCUGGACCGUGUCCUGCAGCUUUGGGGAGCACACUGCCGAGCUGAGGAGAUACCUGUGCAAGAAGGAGAAGGAAGGCUGCCGGAACAUCAUCAACAGCCAUAAGGAAAUCGAUCCGGAUUUCCAAGGGAGAGUCCUGCUGGCUUUUGAGGAGACUCCAGGCUCGUUCCGUGUCACCAUGACUCACAUGGACUGGGAAGACACAGGCUUGUACUACUGUGGGGCUGGUGAAUACGGGGUGGAUAACAGUUCCAAGGAGCUGGACGUGUUUGUCUACGAGGACAAAAACUUCCCUCAGUUGAAGACCACGAUAACCGGGAAAAAUGGAAGUUCAGCAACCUUCGAGUGCCUCUAUGAUCCGCUGAAGAAAUCCUCCACGAGGAUCUGGUGCAAGUGGAGGAAAGGGGGAGGCUAUGACACCAUCAUAGACAACACCGGGUACGUCAGGUACAACUAUGAGGGGAGAGUGGCCAUGUUCGAGGACCCCGAAAACAAAACCGUCACCGUCAUCCUGAACCAGCUGCAGACCGGGGACGAGGGCUUUUACUGGUGCUUGUCCAACGAGCUGAGGGAGCAGCAGUCAUCCAUAGAACUGAAGGUUGUAGAAGGAAAACCCGCUCUGACUGGAAAGACGGAAGUGGAGGCACGAGCGGGCUCCCGGGUGGAUUUAACCUGCUCCUACCCCUGCCAAUACUACUCCUACCAGAAGUACUGGUGCAAGUGGAACAACACCGGCUGUCCCGCGCUGCCAGCGCAGCAGCAGGGGCUGCCAGGGCCGGCUGCCAGCUGCAACGCCUCCUCCAGGGAGAUGGUGCUGAGCUUCGACCCGCUGACCGAGCAGGAUCAAGGCUGGUACUGGUGCGGGGUGAAGCGCAACGGAGCCUUCGGGGAGACCCUGGCCGUGCGGCUGCGGGUGAGCGCAGGGAGCGAUGCCAAGCACAGCCCGGAGCUCCUGGAUGUUGAUUCCAGCCGUGAGUCCGGAGCUGCUCCCCCAGGAGGAGCCUACAGCGAUGCUGAGGUGCGGAAAGGAGCUGCCCCAGAAAGCCCUGAAGAAAGCCAUGGCUCCAACACUCUGGCCUUAGUGCUGGGCCCUCUUGCUGGCCUGAUCCUGAUUGUCGUGACAGCUUUUGCCAUUGUCAAGUACAGGCAGAUGAAGAGAUCUGACCUGGUGUCCGUGGGGAGCUACAGGACCAACAUCAGCAUGUCAGACUUUGAGAGCGUGAGGGACUUCAGCGCCAGCAACAGCGUGAAGGAGAGCCAGGAGACCCCCGUGGGAGGGGACGAGUUCAUCACCACCACCGUGGACACUCUGGAAAGCGCUGCCGACACAACGAAGGCAAAAAGGAGCUCCAAGGAGGACGCUGAGCUCGCCUACUCCUCCUUCCUCGUCACCUCGGACAGCAUCGCCCAGGGCAGCUCCGGGGGGGACAGCGCUGUCCCGGGCGUGUCCCCACCCCAGGACCGGGUCUGA